CUAGUAUUGUUGACUUUUGUUUACAUUUAUAAAUCAUUAUUUAAAAAUAUGAAUUAAAAUAAAAAUAAUGCACAAGUUUCUUCGAUAUCUUCCACUGUAAAUAUAUAAUCUUCUUUCAUUAAAAAUGGGAUGUUUUCAAAGCAAAAAAGAAGCUACCGAUUUACAUCCAAAUGUGUUUCGUGUUGUUAAUAUUGAUGAAAAUGGAUCCGAUUUGUGUUCAGGACAAUUAGAAAUCACGGAAUCAGAUAUUAUUUUAUACCGUGAAGGCAGAGAAUCUACUGUGUGGCCCCUUCAUUCUUUGCGACGAUAUGGUUUUGAAGGAGAAAUAUUCAGCUUCGAAUCGGGAAGGAGAUGUGAAACAGGUGAAGGUAUAUAUGCAUUUAGAUGUAGAAGAGCAUCUCUGUUAUUUCAAACACUGCAGCAACAAAUACAAUUAAGAAAUGUUGUUCAUGAUACUGUCCCUUAUCCUGUAACAAGGCUAUCACCAUCACCACAAGGGCGACAGACUUUGCAAGCUAGUGUUGUCCAUCGUUCUUCAGUCGACAAUGGUCAACCAGAUGCAGCAGCAGCUUUCAAUAACAACCUUUCAAAUAUUGCUGCAAAUGCAAGUGGAAUUCCACCUAUAUUAACACAGUCACCUCGCUCACCUUCCAGUGCCGAUAUAUUAGAAGUUAUGCCUCUAUAUCCACACUCACAAUCAACUGAUAAUCAUGUGACUAAUGUUUAUCAAGUCCGGGAUUUUAAACGGGAACAUAACAAUAAUAACCAAGCAGAAAUAGGAACUGACAAUCGACAUGUAUAUACUAAUGAUUUUAGUAGAGACUUAGCAAUACUUAGAAAUAAUUUAAGACAAGAAACUGUUUUGAAUACCAUAAGAGAUAUAGAGGAUGAAACAAAUUUUCUUGAGAAUAGAUAUGUAAAUGAAAAUAUUCCAAAUAACUCGGCAAUCAAUGUGCUAUCCCCUACAAUGAGUAAUUCAAGUGAACACUAUGCUCAAUUAAGUAUGGAACAACAGGCAUUGUCCAGAUUAUAUGUUAACAUUCCUCCCAGCGAUGCUAACACUUUUGACGUUAAUAAAAAUGACACAACACCAACAACACCGAUUACACCUAAACAAGUUGAAUAUUGCAACUUGUCUCUUGGAACAAAACCAGAAGUAAAUGUAAAUACAUAUGCAAACCUAAUGUUGGGUGAUAUUGCAGACAGUUUUAAAAAUGUUAAGUCAACUUUUAGUACAUCUGAACACACUCAAAAGUUUUCCGAAUCUGAUACUUUUACCUCCAUGUCACCCAUUGAAGAAAUGGAAGUCAAUUAUGCUAUUUUAGAUAUUGAUUCUAAUAAGGAUACUCAUAUUAAAGGGGCUAGAAAUCUUAUAUCACCAGAAAGCCAAUCAAAUAGUUCCAAAAAUGAAAGUACUGCAUUAUGUUCCUCACAACCUCAUGGCCGGCUCGUUUCUCAGACCAGUAUAGAACAAUCCACAGCAGGAAAUGCAUCCAGUACAAUUCCUUGUACUAGUAUUGGUUAUACAACCAUUGAUUUUGAUAAAACUGUUGCAUUGACCUCUGUCGCUGCAGGAGCAGAGCUCAAUAUGGAUAGCUGUAGAAAAAAUAGACACAAUUCAUGUGGAAUUUUAUGCGGAAGCCCCAGCAGUAGUGAAAAAAAUAAAGGAAUUAACUGAGGUUUAAUAUUCCCUAUGUUUAAAAGGGGAAACCAUUAACAGUAUGAACUUUCCAAAGUAUCACAAAGACUAUUUCAUGUUUUAAAACCUCAUGUUUAGCUAUGUAAGAUUGUGCAGUGAACUCUUUAUAUGUAACAUGUUUUAAAUGUUUUUAGAAAAUGCUAAAUGACAAUUUUUUAAAUAUUGUAGUGAAACCAAAACUUGAAUAUCUAAAGCCAAAUGUUUAUAUAGCCAAAGCUUUUUAAUUCCAAAUAUUUCUUAAUGUUGUUGCACCGAAGAUUAUCUGUAGAAUCUUCUAUUGAGAUACUUGAUACUUUAUGGGUGGCACCUUUACAAAUAUGUACAAUUAUUUAUUCAUUUCUUUAAAAAAGAGGUAGAGACUGAAAUAUUGUUUAAGAAUACUAUGUUUUUAUUAUUUCAGGUUAUGUAACUAACAACAUCGAAAAAAUUAUGUAGGGUAUUUUAUAUUCCUUCCAAAAUUAUUAAAAUAUUUGAGAUCAUUUUUAAGAUACGUAGAAUUGUACAUAAUUAACAUAUAUUUUGUCACUGCCUGGUGAUUGCCUCUUAUUGCCUAUUUUUUGUAUAUUCUAGUUUAAUGGUUUUGUUUUACUGUUUUUAUAAGUAAAUAAUCUUGAUGUGCUAUAUAUAGUAAAUUAUUAUUUCUGGACUGUACUAGAACACUGUCCAUUAGACGAAUGUUUUUUCAAUAUGAAUAAGCUUGCGUACAUGCCAACAACAAACUUGUUCCAGUGCAAGUUGAUAUAAGUACUAAAUGCUAAAUAACGCUUUGUAAUAGCGCUACUAUAUAGGAUUUAAGACAUAGGCUGACAAAGGAUGGUGCAAAUUUUCUUUAAAGGCUAUGAUUAUAUAUAAUAGUAUAAGAUGUAAUGUACAGUGUACACUAUUAAUAUACAAUAUGUUAAGUACUAUUAGUUUAAGAAGAAUAAAAGUGUAAUUAAAUUAAUGUUAAUAUUAUUACAUUGAUACAAUGAGUAGUUUUAUAGUUAAAUGUUACAUUAUAGAUUAGAUAUUAGCCUUAAACUACUUCUAUUAAAUGUAUAUAAUAGGUAGCUUAAAAAAUAUUAAAUGUAAGCACAUAAUACCAUAAAGUCAUAUUGUCUCAUCAAAUAUCCUGUUUUCGGCCUGAGUAUAGGUAUUUUAUUACCAUAAAGUUCCUAAAUUUAUUCCAUUUUAGAUGCAUACAAAGUAACAUAUUUUUCGCCAAUCAGAUGUAAGCUAAUGUAAUUAUAGUUAUAAGCUUUGAUUUUAAGAAUGUAUACCAAAACUUUACAUGUAAGACUAAUUCACAUAUUGUUCUAUUUAUUUCAUAUUUAAAUUAAAAAAAAAUGUUUAUCUUUUAGCGGCAACAUAGCUAUCUAAAUGAUACGAGCUAUAUUUGUAAUAAUAAAAUUUUCUAUGUAAUACCCUCUUCGUUCGAGGUCAGGAGCUUAUUUCGUCAUGAUGCUUUACAAACCAGGUUUACAAAUGUGGCAGAAUUACAUCUGAUGGUUUCGUCACAUUUUCUUUGAGAUUAAAAAUAAAAAUUAAGCACAUGAAAAUUUAGUCGUCCUUGCCUGGCCUUGAACUCGCAAUCUUCGGUCACGUGUUCCAACCACUGAACGAUCUGGGCCAUUAUUUGUAAAUACAAGCAAAUAUAGUUUAUAAUUUUAAUAUACAAAUAUAGAAUAUAAUAAAUAUUAGGUAUUAAAAAUAUAUGACAAAAUUAAGAUCAAAUUUUAAUAUAUCAAGAUAAAUGUUGUACCGACGUAAAUAAUAAAAGAUACCAAAGAAUUUUUCUUUAAGUUGAUAUAAAAAAAAUGAUGAUUUUUUCGAUUAUUAACUAUUACAUUAUAAGUUUCUAUACUAUAUUAUAACCGCUAUUAAUAGUUAUAAUAAAAUAGUAAUGAAAGUACAUGAAAUGAUCGUUAAGCAUGACAUAAACAAUGCGAGGUAAAUUAUGUAGGUAUUUAAAAAAAAUGUUAUCUAUGCCAUUAAUGUGAAGUUUGU